UGUGUCGGCUGUCAAUUUUAAAAACAAUGUGAUUGAGCGAGCGGCAUGUUUUCAUAAAUAUAAAAUAAUUACAGCUUGUGAGAAAAAGAAUAUUGUUUAAAGAAAAGAUGGCUCACGUAUCCUAUCCCUUCAAAAAAAUUAACAAAGCGGUUUACAAAAAACCUGGUUCUAAUUUAACACAGGACGUUGUUUACUGGAAAAAAUUAGGGCUGCCGGUAUUGGUAAAAGAAUUCGGUGCAAUCGACUAUGUGGAUUUUAGUCCCAUAGAACCAUAUUACUUUGCUGCCACUUGCUCUGUCAGAAUACAGAUUUACGAUCCUAUAACUAAAGUAGUGGCAAAGAAUAUUGCAAAAUUUCGUGAAGCAGCCUAUGGUGGUGUGUUCAGAAAUGAUGGAAGGCUAUUAGUUGCUGGCAGUGAGGAAGCUUCCAUAAAAAUAUUUGAUGUCCAGUCUAAAAAUGUUCUACGAGUAUUUACUGGUCAUACUGGCCCUGUACACAGAACAUAUUUCACAAAAGACCAAGUCAAAAUCCUCAGUUUUUCAGAUGAUAAGUCUGUUUGUUUAUGGGAUAUUGCCACAGAAGAAAAAAUUACUACAUUUGCUGAACAUACAGAUUACAUAAGAGCUGGUGCUCCUAGUCCAAUAUCACCUGAUAUUAUUCUAUCUGGUAGUUAUGAUCAUACAGUAAAGCUGUAUGAUUGUAGGUCCAAUGAAACAGUGUUGACUGUUAACCAUGGCAGCCCUGUAGAGUCCACACUAUUCCUGCCAUCUGGAGGUAUUUUCAUAAGUGCAGGAGGCACAGAAAUUAAAAUAUGGGACAUAUUUAAUGGGGGAAAGUUACUGGCAAACAUUUCCCAGCAUCAUAAAACUGUAACUACAUUAAGACUUGCUAGUAAUAAUAGUAGACUCAUGUCAGCAUCGCUGGAUAGACAUGUAAAGAUAUAUGAUUUGGCAACCUUCAAAGUAGUACAUAAUAUAGAUUUUCCUAAUGCUGUUCUUAGUAUGGCUAUAUCAGAGAAUGAUGAUGUAUUAGCAGUGGGGAUGAUAGAUGGAGUUAUUUCAAUAAGGAAAAGAGAACAGCCUUCAAAGUUGAUGGAUGAAAGAAGGGGACUAUUCAAAUUUGCGCCAGAUCAUACACAGACAUCCUCAGUGGAUGUUGUUAUAACAAAGCAAAAGGGACACACAGGACCACAAUGUGAUAAAUUCUUAAGGAAAAUGGAAUUCACGAAAGCCUUAAAUGAAGUUCUUAAAACAUAUGUAGCUACAAAGUUUCCUGAGAAAACAGCUGCAUUAAUACAAGAAUUACUGAGGAGAAAAGUUUUACAUUUUGCCAUUAGUGGUUUGUCAGAGAAAGAUAUAGGUGCAUUGUUGAAGUACUUCAAAAGGAAUCUUGGUGAGACAAGAUUUACGAGAAUUGUGAUUGAUGCAGCAAACGUAUUUGUAGAUGUAUUUGAAAAUCAUAUAAAUACAUUUUCUGAGCAUAAUUUGUGGCUAUACACAUCAUUGCAGGAGGAUAUUAAAGAUGAAAUUGAAGUUUGUAAGAGGGUCAGUGAAUUAGAAGGUGCAAUAGGCAUGCUAUUUUCAGGUGCCCAAGUUAGUACAAGUUAUGACCCCCUUGAUUUGCAUGAUAAUUUAGCACCUUCAUCAAAAGCACAGAAGGAAAUUAUUAUUGAUGUAUGAAUAAAAUGUAAAUUGAAA